AGAGACAAGAGCACUCAGGUGGGACGGAGAUGCGACUCAUUGAAUGAAACACUGACAAGCGAGAAAACUCGCUCGAACAUUAAGUUUAAGAACUUUUCCAAUUAUAGUAUUUCAUCCAAACCGUCAGAAAGAAAGAACCGGCUGAGGUGUUGUGAUAGGAAAACUCAAGUGCGCAUUCUCUUAGUUUGUUUGGAGUCUUUGGACGCGGAAAUAGUUUUCUACAACAAAAUGAGUUCUGCCAAGUAUGAACAUGGAGGUAACAGGCCUGAGCAGGUUGACUUAAUGACAAAUGAACAGAAGACCAUGAACCGAAGAGCAUCAAAACGGAAGAUCAACAUCAUCGUGGGGGUCAUCGUUGCCCUGCUCGUAGUGGCCGCAGUGGUCGGAUUUCUCUUGUGGCUUUUUCUUGAAAAGUCCAAAGAGUUGGAAAAUGAGUCCAUAUUACAGCAGCACAACCCAUCUACUCUGGUUUACACUGGACACCUUAAGCUUCUGAAACCUGAAUAUAGCCCAGUAUACGAGAACCCCGAUAGCCCAGAAUUCCAACGAGUGGCAAAGGACUUGGAAGGAAUUAUGAAUGAGACAUUCACGAAAGAUCCUUUCCUGUCCAAAUACUAUACCAAGUCUGUCAUCACUGCUUUCAGUGAGGGAGUGUUGGCGUAUCAUUGGACCCAGUUUGAUGUUUCUGUGGAGGACCAGGAGCUUCUCCCAGAGCUAACAGAGGAGCGCGUGGUCGAGGCUCUGCGGAGGAGCAUCCGCCAGGAGGGCAGACUCGUCGGGAACGUCGCAGUCACUGCCACUGACAUUACAGCAUCAUCCACAGACCCUCGGAUGGCCAGGGACCCCAGAUCUAAGCAAUGCUUAUUCAGUCUAGCGGCGGAACCCAACGCCAAGGAGUUUACGUCACCUGGGCACCCUCACAGGUACCCAGCCUACUCCCGAUGCCAGUGGCAGAUCCGUGCCCCUAAAGGCUACGCCAUCCUCGUCAAAUUCAGGCCCUUCCACGUAGAAGAUGACUGUGCCAAUGACUAUGUGGCCAUCUACAACUCCCUCAGUCCUGACAGUUCUCAGGCCAUCACAAAACAGUGUGGACUUCGUCCCCCUUCAAAUCCUCUAGAGGUGGUUUCCUCUGGUAACAUCAUGCUUAUCAAUCUGAUCACAGAUGAGGUUCGGAGGACAGGUUUCAAAGCUACUUACACGGCCAUUCCCGCUACUACUGCUGGAAGCUGUGGAGGAUAUCUGACUUCUCCUACAGGAAACUUCAGCACUCCUCAUUUUCCUAGUUUCUAUCCUCCCUUGGUGGACUGCAACUGGAAUAUCAAUGUCCCUGUGGGCAAGAAGAUAAAGGUUGACUUCACCAUGUUCCGUGUGAAGGAGCCUGGUGUUGAUGUUGGCACUUGCCACAAAGACUACAUACAGGUGCAAGGUAGAAAGUAUUGUGGGGAGAAACGUAGACUAGUGCUCUCUAGCCUCACCAACUCCCUAGAAGUGAAGUUCCAUUCAGAUGAAUCCUACACAGAUAAGGGAUUCAGGGCUGCUUACACUGUAUAUGACCCUGUCAACCCUUGUCCUGGUCAGUUUGCUUGCACCUCAGGAUACUGUAUCAAGAAAGAGCAGCACUGUGAUGGCUGGAAUGACUGCGAGGACUUGAGUGAUGAGAAGAACUGCCAAUGUGAUGAGGACCAGUUUGUUUGUAAAAAUGGCCUGUGUAGGCCUGAAUACAGUGUGUGUGACAGGAUGGAUGAUUGUGGGGACAACAGUGAUGAGCAGCAUUGUGACUGCGGCACAGCUGAGGGAAUGUGUGGAGAUGGCGCUUGCAUUCUACAGGAUCUUAUAUGUGAUGGGAAAAAAGACUGUGCUGAUGGCAGCGAUGAGGUCUCCUGCAAAGAAUCGGUUGGGGUCUGCACAGAGUACUCCUUCAAGUGUAAAAACAAAGACUGUGUAAACAAAGUGAAUGCAGAGUGUGAUCGCGAGGAUGACUGCUCUGAUGGUUCGGACGAACAGGGAUGCGACUGUGGAAUCCGCCCCUACAAGCACAACCGUAUUGUGGGUGGACAGAAUGCAGAUUUGGGUGAAUGGCCAUGGCAGGUCAGUCUACACUUCAAGUCCGAUGGACAUGUUUGCGGCGCCUCUAUCAUCUCAAACAAAUGGCUGCUGUCUGCUGCUCACUGCUUCAUACAGCCUGAUACCGGCUACAAAAUGACAUCUAACUGGCUGACGUACAGCGGUCUGCGGGACCAGAACAUCCAGGACAACACCGUUCAGCAGCGUACUUUGAAGACCAUCAUCACCCAUCCAAACUACAACCAAAUGACCUACGAUUAUGACAUCUCCCUGUUGGAGCUGAGCCAGCCAUUGAACUUCACCAACACCGUGCAUCCCAUCUGUCUUCCAGCACCGUCCCACCUCUUCGCGACGGGCACUUCUUGCUUUGUUACAGGCUGGGGCACGCUCCGAGAGGGAGGGAAUGUUGCACAAAUCCUACAGAAAGCAGAAGUAAAGGUUAUUAAUGAUACAGUAUGCAACAUGGUGACCGAGGGUCAGUUGACCUCUAGAAUGAUGUGUAGCGGCUACCUAAGCGGAGGUGUGGAUGCUUGUCAGGGAGAUUCAGGGGGUCCUCUUGUAUGUCGUUCUGAUGUCGGUAAAUGGUUCCAGGCUGGUAUUGUGAGCUGGGGAGAAGGCUGCGCUCGACGAAACAAGCCCGGCGUCUACACGCGUGUUACCAAACUGCGGGACUGGAUCCGUGACAUCACAUCUGUAUAGUGGACACUGGAACUGCAAGCAUACGAUCAACACAACAAGAGAAGACAAACGUUCAGUACCAUAAAUAUUUAGUGUUGGAGCAUCACUUGCACUGACAUUACUUGAAUACAGCUUUGGUUGGCAACAAAAAUGAUCAACAAUUGAAACUGUUCAAAACUACAGCAAACUCAAUUACUUAAAUACGUUUCAGACCUCCUGUUUUUAAAACUAUUAGAUUUUUUCAUAAUAAUAAUAAUAGUAAUGAUAAUAAUAGCAUUUUUCAUUCAUUAUAGCUGUAAAUGAUGUUUUUCACAGAUUUAUCAAUCUAAAGUUGAGUUCAACAUUGUCAAAAUGAGUUGGACUCCACUUCAGUCAACACUAUUGAGCAAAUAAUAAAUAAAUAAACAUGCAUAUACCAGUAUAAUGAGAAUAUAUAUCACUGUGUUGUACUGUUACACUCAGGAGUGGAUGGCAAAAUGUGAAUGUCGUCUUAUAAGCCAUCUUAAAGUGCUUCCAUUUGUUGGAUACUGAUUAUUCAACAGUAUCUUCAUGAACAGCACUUAAAGAUCAAGCUUGUGUAUAAUUAGUUUGCCACGACUUAUGGCCUGGUGGAGGUCAUUUUGUUCUCUUUCUGAAUGAUGUUCUGUCUUUUAUGUUUGUUGAAUGCCCAAUAUUUUGUGCCUUUCUUACAAGGAGUGUACCCAGGCUCUUCUCAGAAACAAGGCCAUUUGUGUCUCAGGCUUUGGGGCAAGUUCCAAUCAUAAGUCAUUUCUUAUUGCAAAGUUCAAAAGCUUCUUUGCCUUCCAGAAAUGUCUGUAAGCUUUGCACUUGAUUUGACCUUUUUUCCAUCAGUGUGAUCUUGGGACCUCAGUGCCAAAGCUCUAAAAUGGAGGAUUAGGUAACAAAUGGGAUAUUUCCAUCAUCCAUUUGCUAAAGCCAGCAUAGGUCACUCACUUCUGCUGCAUGUUAAAGUUACAGCCAAUCAAUGUCAAAGCUGGUAGCUGGAACAACCUAGCAGGAUGGUCUCUCCAUCAAAGAGGCCUGAACGUAUCGAGGAAUCUAUACUGCUCAUUCCUCAUAGACAUGGCAAGUUCCUUUCCCAUGGAAAGUCCUCUUGCCGAGUAAGAUGCUCAGGUUUUGUAGUGUAGUGACAUAAUUUCCCCAGAGGCACGAGAGACGUAAUCUGUAUUUUGAGCGAUGUCAAGAAGAAUAGAUUAUAUAUUUAUGUACUAGACAGGUUUCUCAUAGCAUCUCAAAAUCAUGAUUAAGGCUUUAGUUUUAAAUUGUUAAUUUUUAAUCAACUUUAACUGUUAAAGGUAUAGUUCAUCCAAAAAUUAAAAUUCUCUUAUCUUGUAUUCACCCUCAUGCCCUCCCAGAUGUGUGACUUUUUCUUCUGCAGAACAUAAAGAUUCUUUUAAGAAUAUAUCAGCUAUCUAGAUCGAUCCAAUGCAAGUCAAUGGUGACCAGAACUUUGAAACUCCAAAAAGCACAUAGAGACAGCUUAAAAAAGAUGACUCCUGUAGUUAAAUCCAUGUCUUUAGAAGCGAUAUAAUAGGUAUGGGUGAGAAACAAUAUUUUCAAAUCACUUACGAUUUAACAAUUUAAAUAAUUUUCCUUAUCUGUCUCUUUCUUUUGUGCUAGCAUCUUUACUACUCCAGUCACUGUGAGAACUUGGCAGUGCGAUACUGCAGAUAUUGUUGACUUUUGAAUGACAAAUUGCUUAUGUUCCUCAUUUGUAUGUUGCUUUGGAGAAAAGUGUCUGCUAAAUGACUAAACGUAAAAUGUAAAUGUAAUAUUUUAGUUUUUUUUUUUUUUUUAGUUUUUACUAUAAAUCUCCACUUUCACUUCCACAUUCUUCUUUUGCCGAUUUGCAUUCUUUGAACAUAUUGCCACCUACUAGUCGGGGCUGGUAAAAGGUAGAGAUUUAUAGUAAAAAAUGACUUAAAUAUUCAUAUUUUUCUCACACACACCUAUUGUAUCGUUUCUGAAGACAUGGAUUUAACUACUGGAGUCGUAUGGAUUACUUUUGUGCUGCCUUUGUGUGUUUUUUGGAGCUUCAAAGUUCUAGUCUCCAUUCACUUGCAUUGUAUGGACCUACAGAGCUGAGAUGUUUUUCUAAAAAUCUUCAUUUGUGUUCUGCUGAAGAAAGAAAGUCAUACAUAUCUGGGAAGGCAUACGGGUGAGCACAAUAUGAGAGAAUUUUCAUUUUUGGGUGAACUAUUACUUUAAACUACAUUGAUUGUGUAUGUCUGUUUUUAAAGUGUUUUUGGUGACUAACAUUUUGUAAAUAUUUUAUGUGCUUUCUGUCUUGUUAAUUUAAAGGUUUAAAUACUUUUUUUUUUUAAUAGUUUUUCUCUUAUCCAAAUGUUUUAAUAAUUCAAAGUUUACGUUUUCUUCACAAUAAAAUAUAUGAUCAUUUUA